UAGCUAAUAAGCACCUAGCAUGAGCAAUGAUGGAGCGUUCACUGCUGCCGUGGUUGCUUCUUCUUCUCUGCUUCGCCGACGGCGUAUUCCAAUCUCGUGCACAGCCAGACAGCAAAGGUUUCAUUAGCAUAGACUGUGGUAUCCAGCCGAACACGAGCUACGUGCACAACACGACCAAGAUAUCCUACGUCGCCGACGACGACUUCACCGACGGCGGCUCCAACUACAACGUUUCGCCGGAGUACAUCAAACCGCAGCUCUCGCAGCGGUACUACAACUUGCGUGCCUUCCCCGACGGUGCGCGCAACUGCUACACGGCCCGGUCGCUGGCGCCUGGGAUCAAGUACCUCAUCCGCGCCUCUUUCUUGUAUGGCAACUACGACGGCCUCAACAAGCUGCCGGUGUUUCAUCUCUACAUUGGCGUCAACUUCUGGACCAUGGUGAACAUCACGAGCCUCGGCCUCGGCGGCUCUCGUUAUGAGGAGGCCAUCGUGGUGGUGCCCGAUGACUUUGUGCAGGUCUGCCUGAUCAACACUGGCACCGGCACGCCCUUCAUCUCCUCGCUGGAGCUGAGGCCUCUGGACAAAAGGCUCUAUCCGCAGGUGAACGCCACGCUGGGCCUCCUCCAGCUCAACCGCCUCAACUUUGGCCCGACUGAUAACAGCCUCGUCAGGUACCCAGAUGACCCACAUGACAGAUUUUGGGGAAACUGGGACAGCUAUACAUCGAGCUUAUGGAAGGAGAUAUCCACGGCGUCGAGGGUAGAUAACUUAGACGGAGACAUAUUCGAUGCGCCGACGGCGGUGAUGCAGACGGCAGUGACGCCGCGCAACGCGUCAGGUAACAUCUACUUCUUUUGGGAGCCUUGGCCGCAGCCAAACGACCCGACGCCGCCGUACACUGUCAUCUUCCACUUCUCCGAGCUGGAGAUCCUCACCAACAACGCCUCGCGCCAGUUCUACAUCAAUCUCAACGGCGAACCGUUGAUCGAUACUGCUUACGAGCCGACAUACCUUACAGCGAGAUACUUAUAUGGCUUGGAGCCCCUUGAAAGAACCUCCAGGUACAAUAUCACCAUCAACGCUACCGCCAACUCGACGCUGCCGCCGCUCAUCAACGCCGCCGAGAUUUUCUCGAUCAUCUCCACCGCAGUCAUCGGCACGGACUCGCAGGAUGCAUCUUCCAUGAUGGCGAUCAAGGACAAGUACCAAGUCAAGAAGAAUUGGAUGGGUGACCCGUGUAUGCCAAAGACAUUUGCGUGGGACAAGCUGACCUGCAGCUAUCCCAAUUCGAGCGGUGCAAGAAUCAUAAGCUUAAAUCUGUCCUCCAGUGGUUUGAGUGCUGACAUAUCAUCCGCUUUUGGGAAUCUCAAGGCUCUUCAAUACUUGGAUCUAUCAAACAACAGUUUGACCGGCUCAAUUCCGGAUGUCCUCUCACAAUUACCUUCCUUGAGAGUUUUAGAUCUGACAGGAAAUCAACUCAGUGGAUCAAUUCCAUCUGGAAUUCUCAAGAGGAUUCAAGAUGGCUCCUUAAAUGUAAGAUAUGGAAAUAAUCCAAACCUAUGCAUCAACGGCAAUUCAUGCAAGGCAGCUAAAAAGAAGAGCAAGCUAGCCAUCUACACAGUUAUUCCUGCAGUUCUGGUUGUAUUGAUAGCAUCAGUUACAACACUCUUUUGCCUGCUGAGACGAAAAAAGCAAGGACCAAUGAACAAUUCUCUAGAGCAGCAAAACGAGAUGUCGACAUCAACAAGCCACGUGCUGAUAAAUAGUGGAUAUGGUGACAAUGUAUCGCUGCGGCUUGAGAACCGUCGGUUUACAUAUAAAGAACUAGAGAAGAUAACCAACAAAUUCAAACGAGUGCUCGGACGGGGAGGGUUCGGAUAUGUCUACCAUGGCUUCUUGGAGGAUGGCACAGAAGUGGCGGUCAAGUUGCGAUCUGAAUCCUCAAGCCAAGGUGCUAAGGAGUUCCUCAUAGAGGCUCAAAUUUUGACCCGGAUUCACCAUAAGAAUCUUGUAUCUAUGAUCAGUUACUGCAAGGAUGGGAUAUACAUGGCUCUUGUCUACGAGUACAUGCCAGAAGGAACCCUAGAAGAACAUAUUGGGAAAACAAAAAAGGGAAAAUACUUAACAUGGAGAGAGAGGCUCAAUAUCGCAUUGGAAUCUGCACAAGGGCUAGAGUACCUACAUAAAGGGUGCAAUCCGCCUAUUAUUCACAGGGAUGUGAAGGCGACCAACAUCCUACUAAACACAAGGUUGGAGGCAAAGAUUGCCGAUUUUGGCUUGUCCAAGGCAUCCAGCUAUGACAACAUCACCCAUGUAUCCACGAACGCUCUCGUUGGCACACUUGGAUAUGUCGAUCCAGAGUACCAGAUGACAAUGCAAGCAACAACAAAGAGCGAUGUCUAUAGCUUUGGCGUCGUCUUAUUGGAGCUGGUCACUGGGAAGCCGGCUAUCUUGCAUGAACCAAACCCCAUCAGCGUCAUCCACUGGACACGACAACGUCUAGCACGGGGUAACAUCGAGGAUGUUGUGGACACAUGCAUGCCUAGUGAUUAUGAUGUAAAUGGUGUGUGGAAGGCUAUGGACAUUGCGUUCACGUGCACUGCACAAGCAUCGACACAACGACUCACUAUGACUGAAGUGGUGAUGCAGUUGCAAGAGUGUCUCGAGCUUGAGGAUGCACGUUGUGCUAUUGGCGAUGCACACAACGAGUUCUACCCUGACCCUCGGAGCGACCACAAUUUAAGUUAUAACACGUAUGUCUCGGACCGGUCCAACGAUGUGAGUCAAAAUAGUGGCGUGUCUAUGAUGGAGCAUAAUUUUGGGAGGGUGCCUACAAUGGCCUCCGGUCCUGCUGCACGAUAAAAAGACUUUCUUCCCAUUUGGUGUAGAGACCGUUUGAUACGUCAUCCGUGUAAGAGAUCCAUACAUCUAGCCUGUUAAUUGAGUUUGUCUUAGUUAAAUCAAUGCAAAUACACAAAUUCCAGACAUUCGAUUUCUUUACUACUUUUUCUAGGUUUUAGAAUGAAAUGCAAAUAAAUGCACAUUAUUCA